AUGCCGGCCACCAACCAAAAACCGGCCACUCCCUCGCCGGCAUCGCCUCGGAACACCGCGAAAUACACCAAUAAGGAUGGUUCCAAGUACAUCACGGUCCCAAAGACCGCUGCCUCAGACUCGUCCCAGCCCUCAACCCCGACCAUUGCUACGCACCCCAUCAGCCCGCCGCCUCCCAACGCCCUCGCUGCUGACGCCACCGUUCCUUCUGUGAAUCGCAAGAAACAAAAGCGUCGACAAAAGGCCCUGGCCAAGGCUGCUGCGGCUGAGCAUGCGGAGAAUGGCCAAGCGGACCCCGCAUCAGGCAGAGUCUCACAGUCCGAGGUUCUUCCAGCCGACCACGAAGCUGUCGCAAGCGAAGAUGAUGACGAGGACGACGCGCUCAAUGGAGGCUCGGAAUCUCCAAAGACCAACGGAUAUCCUGUUCCUGCCGCAAGGUCCAAGAAAAAUAAAAAGAAGAAAAAGAAGAACGCGGCGGAUGCCCGCAAUUCCGCCGGAUCCCCCGCAAUCUCGACCUCUCUCGCCCAAGUAUCUGGGCACGGCCGGCCGCGGCCGUCGGGCAUGUCAAAAGACAAAAUCUGGAGCACGAGCAAUCACGAAGAACGAGAACGGAUCAAGGAAUUCUGGCUUGGCUUGGGUGAGGAUGAGCGCAAGUCACUUGUCAAGGUGGAGAAGGAUGCGGUUCUGAAGAAGAUGAAGGAGCAGCAAAAGCACACGUGCAGCUGCACCGUUUGCGGAAGAAAGCGAACAGCCAUUGAAGAGGAACUCGAAGGCCUGUACGAUGCGUAUUACCUGGAGCUGGAACAGUUUGCGAACCAAGGCGAAGCCCCGCCAAUGCUGCCGCCGCCCCCGUCGCGGGACUUCCCCCCGCGACCCUCGCGCCGAUUACCGUCAGCCUAUGCUCUCCGGCAACCUUCCCGCGGUCGAAUAGUGGAGCAUGUGGGCGAUGAAAACGAAGAGGACGAGCUGGAAGAGGUCUACAGCGAAGACGAUGGGGAGGACGAAGAGUACAGCGACGAAGAACCUCCCGAGCAUUUCCAGGGCCCCUAUGACCGAGACGUGACCGAUUUCCUGACGUUUGGCAAUAGCCUGCAAGUCAAGGGCGGCAUUCUUACCGUGGCGGAUGACCUUCUCAAAAACGACGGCAAGCGCUUCAUCGAAAUGAUGGAGCAGCUCGCAGAGCGUCGAAUGGCCCGCGAGGAGGAUGCUAGAGAGCACUUCUCCCGCGGCUACGGUCAUCCCAACGGCGCAUACUCUAUUCCUCAUAAUCAUCCUCCGCCUGACGAAGACGACUAUGAAGACGACGAGGAGGAGGAGGAAGAUUAUGAGGAUAGCCAGGAUGAAGAGUAUGAGGAUGAAGAGGACCAAAUGACGGAAGAGCAACGAAUGGAGGAAGGCCGUCGCAUGUUUCAGAUUUUCGCCGCGCGCAUGUUUGAACAACGCGUCCUUUCAGCAUACAAGGAGAAGGUUGCCAAGGAGCGGCAAGACAAACUGCUAGAGGAAUUGGAAGAAGAAAACCGGCAGGUCGACCAGCAAAAGGCCAAGAAGGCCAAGAACGCGCAAAAGAAGAAGGACAAGGCCGCCCAGAAGAAGCAGGCCCUGGCCGAGGAGCGGGCGCGCAAAGAGGCCGAAAAAGCCGCGGAAGAGGCAGCCCGGCUGGAAGCCGAGCAGAGACGAAUUGCCGAGCAGAAGCAAAAGGCCGAAGAGAAGCGUAAGCAGAAGGAGGCCCAGAAGAGGGCCGAAGAGGAAGCGCGGUUGAAGAGGGAGACUGAGCGACAACGGCGCGCCCACGAGCAACGAGAGAAGCAAGCGGAACUGGAGCGCAAGGCCCGCGAAGCCAAAGAACGUGACAAGAAGCUCAAAGAGGAGCAACGGCAAAGGGAGAAGGACGCGCGGGAUCAGAGGGAGCGGGAAGCGCAGGAGCGCAAAGAGAAGCAGGAACGCGACAAGAGGGAAAAGGAAGCGAGAGCUGCUAGAGCACAGAGGGAAAGCCAAGAGGCUGCUCAGAGAGCGAGAGACGACAAGGCGAACCAGAAGCCGUCGGCCGCCGCCGUCCCCCCAACGCCCCAUUCGCAGCCCAUCCAAAUCCCCAAGCGCGGACAAGGGCAUACGGUGCCGUUGUCGACGGCGUUGUCGACGGCGUUGCCCACGGUGCUGCCGCAACACCCUCCCAACCCUGCCAGCUUCGCCUCGCCCAAGAUGCCGAUGGCGACGCCGAUCAUUCCCAAAGCGCCAACUCCUAUGCGCACGCGGACGUCAUCCCAACAGCAGGACUCCGGACCGGGGAGCUCGGCCGCAUCUCAGUGUACCUCGCUGGCCAGCCAGCUCCCGUCUCCCUACUCCGGAACGCCGGUGCAGGUGAGCCCAGGGCCAGCUGGUCAGGACAGGAAGCCAGGCUCGGGAGUGUCUCUCCUCGCCUCGCAACUCGGCCAGGCAGCCUCGCCGCAGAGCGUGCAGCCCAAGCUGCCAAGUCACACCCCGCCGUUUCAGCAGAUGCCGCCCAUGGCGAUGCAACCGCCGCCAGGGCUGGUGCACCACCGGUCGCCAGGCUUCCCGAGCCCCAUCGCGCCAGAUGCCAUGUUUCCGAUGGGGUUCCGGCCUGUGCCCAGCAUGAUGAUACCUCCGCCAGGUAUUCACGGACCAGCAGGAAGGGGGUUUCCCCCGGGCCCUGUACCCCCUCCCGGGUUCAGCCAUUCAACCACGGAUCCUUUCCCGGUAACCCAAGGAUUCCCCCUCGCCAAGGACUCGCCCGCCCCGUCACACGCUCGUCAGGCCUCGGCCGGAUUUUCGGAAAAUCAGCAGCAUUUGGGCGUGCCGUCUCAGCCUAUCGGAAGACCUGCGCCCAUUGGACGACCGGGAAGCCUGUCACAUGGCCAGCCACACAUGGAGGACGAAGAUGCCCAGCAUUUGGGCAGCCGGGUCCUGGUUGACGACGAUGAGCCGUUGCCGAUGGAUGCCAGCCUGGGCGGUCUGCGCAACCAGCCUCCCGGGCCGCGCGGCUCGUUCGCCGCCAGCCCCUUCAUGGACGCCGGGUAUCCCAUUGGGCAAAACCCCUGGGGCCCCCCAGCAGCGUCAGCGCAGCAGCACUUCCACGGCCCCGGGUUCGCGAACUCAACCUGGGGCUCGCCGACGGUUCUGCCCGGUUUCAGCUUGGCAUCGCCGGCGCCCGCUCUGGGCACCGUGCGCACGUCGUCUCAGCCGAGGCAUGUCGCGGUGCGCCUGAUGCUUUGCCAGGCCUGCAAAGACCUGUCCGGGUCGGGCAACGCCGAUGCCAACGGCUACAUUGAUCUGGGCACGAUCAAGGCGCAGAUCGACGCAUAUUCCGGCGACACCAGCAUCACGGAGCAUGAUCUGUUGGACUUGUGCGAUACCGAGGGCAACCAUUCCAACGGCGGCGGCACGUUUGAUCUCAAGCCGAGCAGCUCCGGCCACGGGAAGCACAUGAUACGGUGGAUGCCGGACCCCCGCGACGGCUCUGGGCAGAACUAUCGAGCCGUCGGAGCUCCCGGGGAGAUUGGUAGCCCUCUGACAAACCACGCGUCCUUGCGGGGAUUUUAG